ACAGGUAGAUAAUAAAAAACAACUAAAUAAAAUACUUCCGGGAUGAUAUUUUGUCAAAAUUAUGAUUAAGUUUUUCAAAUGGAUAAACUUUUGGUGAUUGUGUUAUUGUUGAUGGUUAAAGAUCUAAUUCGUUGUAGUAAUGAAGGGAUUACUUGUGAAUUUGAGUUAGACUUUUGUGGAUGGAAUAGAGACAACUGGAUAAGAAGAAACAAAUCUAAAUUUGGUACAUCAGGUCCACAAGAACCUGCACAUGGAGACUUUUUUGCUCAAAUUGAUAGCGAGAUUUCCAACAGAGAUUCUACUUUGAAAGUAGAUUUCAGCAAGCCAGUCGGCAUUUCAUGUAUCAAAUUCAGACACCAUUUAUACGGAGAUUACUCAAAAGAAUUAAAAUUUGGUUACUAUGUAUCCAGUGGAAUUCUUACAGUUCUCAAUACGAUUGAAAAAAAAGAAAAUUUCUGGGGUUGUUCGACCGUUGUUCUCUCAGAUUUGCCAAGUCAAGCUCAAGGGAUUUUUUUCCAAGCAGAAACAGGAGAAAACGCAUUCAGUAUUAUUGCCCUGGAUAGCAUAACAUUUAACCAAGGAAAUGAAAAAUGCAACGAUGUCGCAAAUUGUCCAGUACCAAAACCACCACCCACUACCACUACAAAACAGCCAUCAACUGUAACACCAACAGAUAAAACAUCCGGUUCAUCAAAUGAAAUAUGGUUCAUAGUUGGUGGAGCUUGUGGUGGGGUUGUCUUAUUAGCUAUUAUUAUCAUCAUUUUAUGUAUUUUAAAGAGAAGGCGAAGCAAGAGAAAUAUUCCAAGUCUACCAUCUGCAUCAUUUUUAAAUAACCCCAACAGCAGACAACUUCCGGCCAUACCUUGUGACCAAAAUAUAAGUAAUGGAUCAAUUAUGUCGAUAGCAGAGUCAUACGGGGACAGAAAAGUUUCAAUACAGCCUACACCAGAUCCAAUCGCGUUAAAAAAUGACGACGAGGUUUGGAAAAACGAGCAUGUUCAGACUCAGCCUACAGAUCCUAUCAUGUUAAAAAAUGACGACGCCUGGGAAAACGAGAACGUGUCAACAGAAACUGAUAACAACCGCGUGGCAUCAACGGACUAUACAGACAUAUUGGAGACCAGUCCAGUGAGGGAAAACAAAAGUGACUUAAGUGAUUAUAUUCAUGUACCACCAGACUAUCCGAAUGAUGAUGAAACAUCACAAAAAGAUUAUAUUAUUCCAGAGGAAGAAAAGCAGUCAAAUGAAGAGGAUGAAAAUGCAAAAAUAGAACAUAAUGAGACAAAGAAAGAUCAUAUUUAUAUGAAUGAACCCGAUGAUGAUUAUUUAGAACCAAUUAAUGCUCUAGGAGAAUCGAUUCGUGCACCCGAUAAUCAGUACGAAUCAGAUCCAACGGAUAAGGGUAGUAAAACCAAAACUUCUCCCGUUAACCUGUGUGUUGCUCCAUACACCGAGGAGCACCUAGAAAUACCCCAAAUACCUGUUAUGCAUAGAGAAAAGUAUCAUCUAAAUGCUGAAAAUAAAGAGGACACAGAUAACGACUAUGACGAUGCUGCAACGGUAUUAAACGGUUAUACUACUGAAAACAGUGAUCAAGAUGAACUUUAUGACAAUUCUAAGGGUGAAAAAGAAACUAAUUCGAUAAAAAGUGAUAAUGAAGAUUAUUUAUAUAUGUCAGAAAACCGAAAAGAGGAAGAUUGUGACAAACCAACCAAAGAUGGUAAGGACAAUUCGGGGGAUGGACAAGACAAUAAUUCAGUAAAUAGUGAUAAAGAAGAUUAUUUCGAUAUGUCGGAAAAUGAACAAGAUGAAGACUAUGUAAAGCCAACGAUAGAUACAAGCUAAUAUUUACUCACUCAUUUAUGGUCUACAUACUAAGCAUUUAAACAGAAAAGUAUUUUAUAAACUUAUACCAAGUGUUACAAAUUUUAUGUGCAGAUUGCAAUAUUGUAUAUUAGAAUUUUUGGUAUUUGUUUCAGUUGGUACACACUCAAGCCAAUGUGAUGUAACCCUAAAAGUAGGUAUACAAAAUUUGUACCUUGUUUGUUUCAUUCAUGAUAGAGUCUGAGCUAGUAAUCUUGCUCUGAUUAAUGAAAUUUUCCUGACUUGUGUGCUUUGCACCAAAGAGGGUCUGAUAAAUAAAAUGAGUUGAUGAAGAUAAAUAAGAUAGAUAAUAAAGGAAACAGUAGUA